GUACUUACUACACCUACCUGCCUUAUAUUAUGCUAUUUUAAAUUAGUUGCUUCUCGUGUCUCACUUUCACUUGAACUUUCACCUUCACAUUCUCCCAACCGAAAAAGGAACGAGAAUGUCAAGAGCGAAGGGAAAAAGUCCCAACCCAGACCCAAUUCCAAAACUAUACUAUGGACAUCGGACCAGUAGUUUCUUACUCUCGUUUGGACUAGCCCCUGGAUACCGCUGUUUCUUUUUCUCGGUUUGUCUUCUCUUUCGUUGCUUUUUCUCGCGUCUCUUUUCCCUCCCGGCUUAUGGGACAGGGAUGGAAGAGGUUUACUUUCACUUUCAUUUUCACUUUAGCAGUGUCUUGAAGCCACGCGUGCUGGUCCUCCAGGUCCUGCCUAUGUUGAUGCCGUGCUGGGCCGUCCCGUGUUUUCUGCCGUGUGCUGCUGUGCUGGCCAUGAUAUGCGAGUAGAUGGUGGUCCUAUAGGAAUUGUUGGAGGGACUUACUUCUUGGUGGUAUUUUGCAUUGCAUGGUGUAGGAGGGAGAUACUGGAAAGACCGAGCAUGUGCUGCAAUGCUCAAUGGCACUAUACAUUUAUUGAAUAGUCUUAAGGACAUGGGGUGUUGGUUUCGG